GUUGGAAGCAGACAUAAGGGAUCUCACGACAAUCGGACCGUUCAGGUGAUGUCUGAGCCCACAAACUAGUGGUUAUGCUGUGUAGCUUCUCAAAGCAGCUGGUUGCAUCCUGGACUUCGAGUUUCAGAAGACGCCAUGAACCGCGAUUCUGAGCUUGAGGAGCUUCUCGAGACGGAGCGGCCGCAGCGGAAGUGGAGCGUUUCGUCUCGCGCCCUGGUGGUCGUGGGAAUUGUCGGGCUGGCAGCCUUGGCCUUUUUCCCCUUCAGUGGAAAGGGUCUUCGCAGCAAGUCAGGUGCUUUCUUGGCUUUUGACGAAGUCGAUGCUGAAGAUGAUGAUGUCGAUGAUGGUGAUGAAGAGGUCACUACUUGCUUUGCUCAAGGCAUGUACUACGCAGAGCCCGUCAAGCUUCCUGGCACCGAGAGGACUGUGGAGAUGAGUGCUGAACUGUGCCAACAACGCUGCCAAGUUGUGGAUGGCUGCAUGCACUUUACCUUCUGGCCAGAUGGCGGAUGUCUUCUGACUGGCGAUGAGUCUUAUGUCAAAGCCGCUCCAUACAAGUACUCCGAGACUAUGUCAGGCCCCAAGUUCUGUCAGGAUGCAAUUGAUGCAGCCAAGGAAGCCAUCUCAACCGCUGGCUCUGCUGCAAGCUCCGGUAUUCAGCAAGCGUCUGAUUCCGCGAGCUCCGGUCUUCAACAGGCAGCUGACACUGUGACCUCCGGCAUUCAACAAGCUCAAAGUGCUUGGGGUUCUGCUGCCGACGCAACGGAGUCUGUGGCAAAGGAAGUGGUGCCGCCAGCACCGGGCAUCAACGGCACGUCCUGCAGCAAGUAUCCAGCAUGUGUGGCUGUGGGCAUUUCUGACGGUGACUGCUGCCCAAAUGCCGAUGCUGUCAAACUGGGCUGCUGUGAGGGCUUCCCACCCAAGGCGGUGGAAGAGGUGAAGAUCCUUGCUGGCUCUGAAUGCUCAAAGUACCCUGGGUGUGUUGCGCUGAACAUCACGGGUGGCUGCUGCCCCACCAACGAUGGCCUAAUGCUGGGCUGCUGCGAUCAGAUCUGAGGGAGCCUGGAAACGUCGUGGGCAAAUGAGAUUUGAAAUGAAUGGCAAGACAUGGUAAGACAGUAAGACCUGAUAAGACCUGUGAUUGUGGUGGCUCAGAAGGGGACCCUUAUUUUUCCUUUUCGCUUUGCACGCAACUUUUGGUACUCCAUAGCCACGGCGGAGAGCAGCUGACGGCUGGCUUGGACAUCUCCGCGGGAUUUGCUGCGAAGUCAGUUCCCGCACAUAUUUGCUUCGAGCAGAUUGAUGAUUGGUUGUAGUGCUUUUUGGAGAACAGUGAGACAGAGAAGCAGGGAGUUGCUAUUGUUUUGGCAGGGCAACCUGGCUUCCAAAAGACUCUGUGACUUACCAGGCACUUUUUGUGCUUCCCCUUGUAUUCCGACCAUGCGUG